GAAGUAAAUAAAUAAAGAACUAGGUAUAAGGUAGGCAAUAAUACCCCAUGGUAGACGCUGAAAAUAAAAUCCAAUUGUCACCAAACAAAAAAUAGAAGAGCACACUCCCCUCUACUAAAUAUAUUAUAAAGCACCACAAACUUCUGCUGCAUAGCUACCACCAAGGAAUUGAAAAAGCGCAUUAAGAGAUUGUAAUGCCGACAACUCAGUCCUUUAACAAUCAGCCACGGCCGGAAAACGAUUGAAGCGGAACUCAACAACUAUCGUUUACUUCUCUUUCCAUUGGUGAAACCAAGUCGCAUGAUACAGGUUCUAAUUACACCAAAGUCACUAUGAAUAAAUACUCUUCUCAGAUAUCAUUAAUUUUUUCUUUCAUCAACACUUUUCUUUUACUUCCACUAUUCUUGAGCCAAUUCUAUGUUGCCGCUUAUAAGAUGUACACAUUUGGAAGACUACUAGAUGGAUGUGAAGUGGCGGUGAAAAGACUUUUUGAAUACACCAGUAAUAAAGAAAAACAAUUUCUCAACGAAAUAGAAAUACUAGCAAGGGUUGUGCAUCCCAAUCUCGUGUUGUUAUAUGGUUGCACAUCACUAAUAAGCCGUGAAACUAUGAUUGUCUACGAGUAUGUUUCAAAUGGAAGUUUGUAUGACCAUCUUCAUGGUAACAAAGCAACAUCUGAAAAACUUCCUUGGAAUAUUAGGAUGAGGAUUGCUGUGGAGACUGCAGAUGCAUUGAAGUAUCUUCAUGCUUCUACUAUCGUCCACAUAGAUAUUAAAUCGAGUAAUAUUCUUUUAAAUGCCGAAUGUCAUGUCAAAGUAGCAGAUUUUGGACUCUCCCGCAUCUUUCCAAUUAAUAAAAGUCGUGUUUUAACAACUCCACAAGGGACCUCCGGCUGUUUAGAUCCCGAGUACAAAAAAACUGAGGAGCUUACUUAUAAAAGUGAUGUCUUUAGUUUUGGAGUGGUACUGAUAGAGCUAAUAACAUGUUUGCGUGCUUAUGAUAUCAGCAGAAAGGAGGAAGAUGUCGUUCUGUACGAAAUGGCUAUGAAAAAAUUUCAAAAUCAAACUUUGACUGAUAUUGUGGAUCAUACCCUCGAUUUUAAUUCAGAUUCCAAAGAAAAUCAAAUGAUUAAUGGUGUUGCCGAGUUAGCAUUUCGGUGUCUCCAAAUUUCUAGUGAUAUGAGACCAACCAUGGAAGAUGUGCUCGAAAACUUACUGAAUAUUCAAGGGCUGAAUGAGAUCCAAGCAGAAGCAGGUAGUAGUUCUAAUCCUAAUGAUGAAAUAAAGUUACUUAAUAAUGAUCAAGCUUCACUAUUCCCUAGUUAAAAUAUCGUGAACCGCUACAAAGCACGAAAGUGCUAGUGUUUAGAGUUAGCUAUGUAACCUGCAUUACAAUCUUAAAGAAUUUAGCUAUGUAACCUGCAUUACAAUCUUAAAGAAUUUACCUAUGUAACCUGCAUUACAAUCUUAUAGAAUUUACCUAUGUAACCUGCAUUACAAUCUUAAAGAAUUUAUUCUACCAUGAA